CUGACGUCAACACGACAGGCUUCCGGUGGUACCUAAACGGCGAGAUUGAGCUCUCGAUUUAUUUAGCCGAGUUUAAAACAAUUGUCUAUCUGAUGCAUAUUCUAUUUAUAUAAUAAUUGUUUCUAUAAUCCAUCGAAUGACAAUUUUUAUUUCAAUGUAGCGUCAGUUGUAUAAAAUACGAACGGCGAUGCUAAUGCUAGCAUAUGCUCAGCUAGUUAGCUAGCUAGCUAACCUCGCGUUUUAACUUGUAAACUCUGGCAUUUUAUUCCUUUUUUUUUAGUUCUCCCUGGAGUGGUCGACAUUAGCAGCCAAGCAUGCCUACUGUAGUUUUGGUGGACGCGUCCCUGUCCAUGACGAGGCCAGUGUGCCAGGACAGCAGCGAGGAGUUCCAGAGGAAGAACUUGGCUGUGCACGGCCUCAACAUGUUGUUUGAACACAUGGCCUCCAACUACCGCCUGGAGUUCACCGCGCUUAUGGCCUUCUCGUCCCUCUGGGAGCUGCUGGUGCCAUUCACCAGGGAUUAUAACGCCCUACAGGAUGCCCUGAGCGGUUUAGACGACUACGACAAGACCUGCGUGGAAUCAGCUCUGAAUGGGGUCAACAACGUGGUGCAGCAAGAAUGGGGCAGUGGUUGUCCCUGUCAGGUGGUGCUGGUGACUGACGGAUCUCUCGGGAUUGGCAAAGGUUCUCUGCGUCAUUCCCUGCAAACCCUGAAGCACCCUGCGGAAGACAAGAAGUUCCCUCUGCCCUUUCCUUUUCCGGCCAAAAUUUUCAUCAUGUGCGUUGCCAAUACAGAGGAGUUAAACAUGACAGGUGCUUUGGACAAAUGGGAGGAGCUUCUCUGUCUGGGUGGAGGUGAUGGAGAGGUCUUCACUGUAGAGGGAGCACUCUGCAUGCAGGGUGUGCAGGCCAUGUUUGGGAGAUUGAUUGACAGGGCCUACUCUCCCUUCCAUGCUGUGCUGCACUGUGGGAACUUGUCCUCAGACGUUCAGGUGUUCCCACGACCCGAGCCUGUCGUGGUGGAUGAGGAGGUGGAACCUUUACCUCGAACUGUCAACACAGAUCUAGAAAUCAUGGGCUUCAUUGAGAUUGCUGACAUCUCCAGUCCACCUGUCAUAUCCAGACACUUGGUCCUGCCUAUUGCUGUCAAUAAAGAGGUAGAUGACAUGGGCACAGGAGUCACAGAAGAGCUGGAGGAGGAAGUGUCUGCCAGCCAAAUGGCAGGGAAAAGUCCAAACUUCUGUGUCCUCUUGCAUGGCAGCCUUAAAGUAGAAGGCAUGGUGGCGCUUGUCCAGCUUGGGCCUGAGUGGUUCGGCAUGCUGUACUCCCAAGCAGACAGCAAAAAGAAGUCCAAUCUAAUGAUGUCUGUGUUUGAACCUGGUCCUGAACCUCUGCCUUGGCUGGGCAAGAGCGCCCAUUUGGGACCAAUCUCAGAAGCGGCAGAAAAUCCCUACGGAGAAGACGACAGCAAAAGUCCUUUCCCCCUGCAGCCGCCUGUCAAACGUAGCUACGCCCAGAACGUUACUGUGUGGAUCAAAGCCAGUGGACUACAGACGGAUGUGCAGAAGAUUUUGAGGAACGCUAGAAAAUUGCCGGAUAAAACUCAGACCUUCUAUAAGGAGCUGAAUCGCCUACGCAAGGCUGCCUUGGCAUUCGGGUUUUGGGAUCUCCUGAAGAGAGUGGCCGAGCUGCUGGAGAGAGAGUGCACGAUGCUUCCCGACUCGGCCCACCCAGACGCGGCUUUCCAGCUGUCCCACGCCGCCCAGCAGCUCAAACUGGCCAGCACAGGUGACUCUCAAUACGCCGCUUUUGACCACAACAUUGUUCCCAUGCACACCGACUUCUCAAGCUGAGCCACGCCUGACUUUGUUACAAAUGCACUGAAAUAUGGAUGCUGCUGACAGCACCUGGUGUGGAACAACUAUGCUUAUCUUGCAAAAUAUACAUGUUUUUAUACUUUUAGUAGUAAAGAUUGUGUCGAAUCACUGCCUCAAUUAAAAGAAUGACAAAAAAAUACUAGAAAAGUACUGUGAGAG